AUGGAAAGACUGCAUACCGCUCUUGACACACUUUUGGAAGAGAUUUGUCAAGGGCUGAAUCGUCCGAAAUGCUUGCGCAAAGCUGCAAGGGAAUCUGGCUUGAAUUUACCAAAAUCUGAUGUGGAUGAGAUCACAGAAAAGGUUGUAUCAAUGUUUCGAAUCAAAUGCGAGGAGAGUGUUGCAGAGCUGAUACUUGACGCUGAGAUUGAUCAUAAAUUGGUGAACCUUAGAUUCCUGACCGAAUCGUGUAAAGAAAAGAACGAAGAACUGAAUAUAGUUGAUGGAUACCGGCCUGUUAGUCCCAAAAAAGAUAUGGAAGGGCCUAUACACUCAGUUCUACGUCGCUAUCAUGAAUCUUUGUUCAGCGCAAACGCCGGUCUGCAGGAAGAUGUGGAGGUUAGUGGAGAGUUAUUGUGUUCUCACUGUGAAUGCUGA